AUGUCGACACAACCACUCCUUCAGAGGACUGCCCAGAAGCGAAUUGCACUCCCUGUCCGUGUAGAACCAAAGACCAUUUUGUGCAUCGCUCUGCUUGCCGCAGUCAUUGUCAACUUUAUCCUGCGCUUUACUGCCGAUUAG